CAUCCACAAACGAAACAAAAGAAAAAAGAAGCAAAUCACAAUAGAGAGGAGGGGGCCAAAAACAAAACAAAAAAAAAGGUAAAGAAAAGUAGAUGACCCCUUCUUCUUGUUCAUCCUCUGAUUUCCCUCCGUUUUAGCCAAACAUAGUAGCUCCCCCAAUUUUUUCCUUUUCCCUCACUAAUGGAGCAACGCCUCCCUGAAAAUUUUGGGAGCUUCUCUAGAACAUGCAAUGGUGACAUCCCCACUCUCUCUGGUCAUGAUUCGCCUACCACUACAUUCGACUCCGCAGCGACCACCGACCAUUCCUUUUCGCCUUCUUCAGAAUCGCUAGACGAGGUCGACAAAUUCCUCGAUCUCCUCUCACAAUCUCAUGACACCAAGUCUGAUCCCCCACCAGUCCCCAAUGCUGUCGAAUCGCUCUUUAAAUGUGUCGAGUCCACCAUCAGCAAUUAUGACACAUCCAGCUCUAAAUUCGGCCAUGACGAGAAAGAAGACAACUCCCUCGUUGCUCAUCUCAACCGCCUAUCGAAAUUAAUCAAAAUCCUUGGCGACUUCUCUACCGCUGAAUCUGACCUGGCAUCCACCUUCAAUCGGGCUAGCACCAUCCAACACCUUGCAAUGUCCUUCCUUGAUAGCGAGUUCCGCACCGUUCUCAACUCCUUCAAGCGCUCCUCCUCUGGCGUCUCCGCUAACGCCGGUCCCGACUCCUGUGGCGGAAGCACCGGUCCUCCUCCUCCCAUAUCAGCCAAACAAUCAUCCUUUUCACGCAACAACCACGAAUCGAACAAUCAAAUCUCUGAUUCGGAAAACUCCAACAACGAGGACGAUUUCCCAGGGUACCAACCCGAGGAGAUCUAUAAUAUGAGCAAAAUUGCCGCUGCAAUGAUCUCCUCCGGCUACCAAUCAGAAUGUUGUUUGGUCUACGGAUCUGUUCGACGGACAGCUCUCAACAACAAAUUGGAAAAAUACGGCCAUGUCAACCUCAGCCCUGAUGAAAUCAACAAGAUGGAUUGGGAAACCUUGGAGGGGGAAAUUGCUGGUGCAAUCGACGUUAUUCGUCGCUGCUCCUCAGUGCUCUUCUCCGCAGAGCGAAAUCUUUGCAACGCCGUCUUCCAAAACCACCCUUCCAUCUACACGGAGAUCUUUGGGGACUUAGCUUCCAAUAUAAUUGAUCGAUUCUUCAAGUUUGCCAAUGCGAUCACCCUCACUAAAUGCUCCGCAGAGAAGCUCUUCAAGUUCCUCGACUUGUACGAAACUCUCCGCGAUCUUGGACCAGAGAUCGAGAAUCUCUCCUCCACCAUAAAAUCAGAGAUCUACGAGACGAUCAUUCGGUUAGGACAAGCAGCCGUCUCUAUGUUUUGUGAUCUUGAAAACUCGAUAAGGCGUGACGUUAGUAGGACUCCGGUUCCAAGCGGCGCCGUCCACCCUUUGACACGAUACACCAUGAAUUACCUUAAGUAUGCAUGUGAGUAUAAAGACACCCUCGAGCAGGUAUUUUUACAGAAGCAGAAAACUGACGGAGAGAAUUGGGAAUCAUCAUCUUCCAAAUCGGACGACUCUAGAUCCAAAUCUAGGUCGGGGUCUGCCGGAGGAGCGAAUGAAGACGGGACACCAAAAACAUCACCAUUUUCGGUUCAAUUAAACACGGUGAUGGAUCUUCUUGAUGAAAAUCUAGAGAUGAAAUCAAAUUUAUACAAAGAUCCCGCAUUGAGGAACAUUUUUCUCAUGAAUAACGGCAGGUACAUCUUGCAAAAGAUCAAGAGUUCGACAGAGAUUCACGACAUGAUGGGAGUGACGUGGUGCCGAAGACGGUCGUCUGAUCUCAGAAAGUACCAUAAAGGGUAUACUAGAGAGACUUGGGGUAGAGUUUUGCAAUGUUUGAAGCAUGAUGGGAUUCAAGUAAAUGGGAAAAUGGCGAAGGCAGUGGUCAAGGAGAGGUUCAAAAUGUUUAAUAAUGCAAUCGAGGAGAUACACAAAACCCAAAGUACAUGGGUGGUGAGCGACGAACAAAUGCAGUCUGAGCUACGGGUGUCAGUGUCAGCGGUGGUUAUUCCAGCAUACAGGUCGUUUCUAGGGAGGUUUCAACAAUGUUUGACGCAUGGGAGACAAACGGAAAAGUAUAUAAAGUAUCAGCCAGAGGAUAUUGAAAACUUGAUUGAAGGUUUGUUUGAUGGGAACCCAACCUCCAUGACGAGGAAGAAGUCAUAAGUGACAAUGAGAAAAGGUUUGAGGGGGGAAGGGAAAUUGCACAUUUGUGAAAGAUGAGGUAUAUAAGUAUAAAAUGUGAUGAGGAACAUAGGUUUGACGCCAUUUGUUAAGAAAGAAUUAUGAAUGGUUUUUUUGUUGUUUUCCUUUUAUCUUUUAAUUUUGUGUUUUAUUGUGCGUGAUUUUUGGAGGUUUGAACGUGAUGGACUGACCAUGUACUGUAAGUAUAAGAAGAAGCAAGCAAAACAAAUGUUGUUCAGUAUAUACAUGUACUAAUUGUCUAAUUCAGUAUCAAUAGCGUUUAAUACUUUUCUCUUCUUAUUUUUUUAGCAUCCCAGUCAUUUUCUUAACCAAGUUAUUGUAAUUUUUUUUGUCUAUUCUCGCAUGAUUUAGUUUUAGGAACAUCAUGGUGACUCCUUGAGAGGUCACCCAUCUCAGCACUGCUCCACCAUGAGCUCAUUAAUUUCACAGUGCUUAUAGUAACUCAUCUGUUUCACCCGAAAAUGCAUAUUGUAAGU